CUAUCGUCGAUUUCAUUGCGAACACAUUAAUUUCUAUUGCAACAGAACCAAUAAUUUCAUCACAAUGGUCGUGCGAGAGUAUAACGAAGAAAUGAAGUACAUCGAGCGGCUGUCGCCAAAUAGUUUUCUCAUCAAGAAGGGCUUCCAACCGAACAUGAACGUUGAAGGCGUAUUUUACGCCAAUAGCCAGCUCGAGAAGCUAAUGUUUGAUGAGCUCCGAAACUCGUGUCGACCCGGAAUGAUCGGUGGGUUCCUGCCGGGAGUGAAGCAGAUUGCGAACGUCGCGGCGCUGCCAGGAAUUGUUGGACGCUCCGUUGGUCUUCCUGAUAUUCAUUCCGGUUACGGAUUUGCAAUCGGCAACAUGGCGGCAUUCGACAUGAGCAAUCCCUGCUCCGUUGUUUCGCCGGGUGGUGUCGGCUUCGACAUCAACUGUGGUGUCCGUUUGCUGCGAACAAACCUCUUCGAGAAGGACGUUCAACCGGUGAAGGAACAGCUCGCCCAGAGUCUGUUCGAUCACAUUCCCGUUGGAGUUGGAUCGAAGGGCAUCAUUCCGAUGAAUGCCCACGACCUGGAAGAAGCGCUCGAGAUGGGUAUGGAUUGGUCGUUGCGCGAGGGCUACGUAUGGGCGGAAGAUAAAGAACACUGCGAGGAGUACGGCCGUAUGCUGAAUGCCGACCCAAGUAAGGUCAGUUUGCGGGCGAAGAAACGUGGGCUUCCGCAACUCGGAACACUGGGUGCGGGCAACCACUACGCCGAGAUACAGGUGGUGGAGGAAAUCUUCGACAAGUACGCUGCCAGCAAGAUGGGUAUCGAGGAGCUGGGGCAGGUCUGCGUGAUGAUCCAUUCGGGAAGCCGUGGCUUUGGGCAUCAGGUAGCCACGGAUGCACUGGUUGAGAUGGAAAAGGCAAUGAAACGGGACAAGAUCGAGACGAACGAUCGGCAGCUCGCCUGUGCUCGCAUCAACAGUCCCGAGGGACAAAACUAUCUGAAGGCGAUGUCGGCCGCGGCCAACUUUGCUUGGGUUAACCGCAGUUCCAUGACGUUCCUCACGAGGCAAGCGUUCGCCAAGCAGUUCGAUACCACGCCCGACGAUCUGGAUAUGCACGUAAUUUACGACGUCUCGCACAACGUAGCGAAAAUGGAGGAACACAUGGUGGACGGUCGUCCGAAGCAGCUGCUCGUCCACCGGAAAGGUGCAACCCGGGCGUUCCCGCCUCACCACCCAUUGAUUCCAGUCGAUUAUCAGCUCACCGGCCAGCCGGUUCUGGUCGGUGGUACCAUGGGAACGUGCAGCUUUGUGCUGACCGGCACCGAGAAGGGCAUGGUCGAAACCUUUGGCUCCACAUGCCACGGCGCGGGUCGCAGCUUAUCGCGUGCCAAAUCACGUCGCAAUCUGGACUACAAGGAAGUGCUGCAGGAUUUGGAAAAGAAAGGCAUUUCCAUUCGGGUGGCAUCGCCCAAACUGGUGCAGGAAGAAGCGCCCGACUCGUACAAGGACGUUCGGGACGUCGUUCAAACGUGCCACGAUGUUGGCAUCAGCAACAAAGCCAUCAAGCUUCGUCCUAUCGCCGUGAUUAAGGGAUAA